AUGGCGCAAUACAAACCACGAGAGCGGAAACGGCGUCGCCUAGAUAAAGCUAGAGAUAAAUCUUCCCGGUCUGCACAAGUUGUCCCAGACGAGACCGACUCGGCCCAACCUUCUGAGAAGGAUGUCCUUCGUUCUGACCUGACCAGCCAAAUACGAGGAUCGCAACCAGACAAGAUUUCUAAUAAGAAGAAGAAGAGACUGGACAAGUACAUCGACACCAAGCUCAAGAAGGAUGAGAACCUGGAAUUGCUGAAGAAGUUGGCGGCGCACAAGGUGGAUACGUCGUUGUUACAAAGUUCGAAGAAACUUGGUCGGGUGCAUGAAACGAAGAGGGAGAGAUUUGGGAGGGCACUGAGGGAGCAGAGUGCGGGUAUUGAUGGACAUGAGGAUGUGUUGUAUGAGAGCAGGCGAGAGGUUGAGGAGGAUGAGGAGGAUGGAGUCCUUGAUGAGGCUCAGGAGCGGAUAGUAGAGCCUACAGCACUUCCGGUCGUAGCGCAGCCUACUUUAUCGUUCGGAACCGGACUAAAGAGACCGCUUGACAUUGGCGAGGACGGUAGGCCUGCUAUCAAGAAGCGAAAACGGCGAAAAUUGGUCGAGGAGCAGAUUCCGGACGAGGAUGAAUGGGUGGGGUUUGCAUCCGAGGACGACGAUAUCUCGGCCGCAAGCGCUGUCCAGGAGGUGGAUGAGGUGGAUCCCAGUAUACCAGAGGAUGGAAGUGACAGUGAAGAUGAGUCUUUAUCUCAAGGAUCCAGUUCAUCUACAAACGAUGACCCAUCCAGCUCGGACUCUGAUCCUGAUGAGAAGAAGGAGCGCGUGUCCGCGUUCAAGCAGUGGGCAACAGCUCACCGGAAUACCGCACUCGGCUUCCAACCGUCUGCUUUACCGACCCAAGAUCCGAGUGUCCGAGCCAACUUCCGACCACGUCAAGCUUCACCCGACCCUGUGGCAGUGGAUAUAGUGCACAAUGGCGGUGAGAGGACUUCAAGACCCGCUGCCGCUAUCACAGUAAUACGCCCUGAGGCUAUUCAGGCUGCUCGUAUGGAGCUACCAGUAGUGCAAGAAGAGCAGAAGAUCAUGGAAGCCAUACAUCACAAUCCUAUCACGAUCAUCUGCGGCGCUACAGGGUCAGGCAAGACUACUCAAGUACCGCAGAUGAUGUUCGAGAGUGGGUACGGGUCUGCUAUAGGAGACAGAAGUACGGCAGCUGGGAGCAGCAAAGGUGCGCAGAGCAAGGGAAUGAUUGGCGUCACGCAACCCCGAAGAGUCGCUGCGACGUCAGUAGCGGAUCGAGUAGCUACUGAGCUUGGACCUGGCUACAAGAACCGAAUAGCGCAUCAGGUCCGUUACGACAGCAAUGUGAGUAGGGAUACUGCAAUCAAGUUUAUGACCGAUGGUAUCCUGCUACGGGAGAUUGGGAACGACUUCACACUAUCGAAGUACAGUGCCAUCAUCAUCGAUGAGGCUCACGAGAGAAGCGUCAACACUGACAUCUUGAUUGGUAUGCUCUCCCGCAUUGUUCGACUGCGAGCUGAGCUGGCUGAGGAGGAUCCAGAAAAGCACUAUCCGUUGAGACUGGUCAUCAUGAGCGCUACGCUCCGUGUCAGUGAUUUCGCCGAGAAUCGCAGACUCUUCCGCGAUGGACCACCACCAAUAGUAGAGGCCGAAGGAAGACAAUUCCCUGUUACUGUGCACUUCAGUCGUAAGACGCAGCGAGACUAUGUUGCCGAGGCGGUGGAUAAGGUAGCAAGAGGACAUAGAAAGCUACCACCCGGCGGCAUGCUAGUAUUUCUGACUAGCCAGAAUGAGAUCGCGGCAGUAGCAAAGCAACUAAAAGAGAAGCUGGGAGGCAGCACAGCAGGCAUGAGCUCACUAGAAGUAGACGACCUGGAAAGUGCUCGCCCAAACAACGACUACCUCGAAGGCGAAGAUCAAUCGGACUCAGAUUCCGAUAUCCAGAUCUCCGGCCUUGAUUCCGACAAAGACGACCAAGAGUUCCAAGUCGAAGACGGAGAAGCACCACAAUUUGGUCGUCGUACCCCGGGAAUCCUCCAACCGCACAUCCUACCCCUCUACGCCGCUCUGCCCACAGCACAACAACUCCGUGUAUUUCAGCCAAAGCCGUCAGGCUCCAGGAUGAUCGUCCUCGCCACCAAUGUCGCCGAAACCUCCCUUACGAUACCUGGAAUAAGGUAUGUCUUUGAUUGCGGCAGGGCGAAGGAGAAACACUACGAUAUAUCCACUGGGGUUCAAACGUUCGAGAUCGACUGGAUCUCUAAGGCUUCUGCCGCCCAGCGCGCGGGUCGUGCGGGUCGAACAGGACCGGGACAUUGUUAUCGUCUUUUCAGCUCGGCAGUAUAUGAGCAGUUCUUUGCUGAACAUACGGUUCCUGAGAUCUUGCGGACGCCGCUUGAGUCUACUGUCUUGCAGUUGAAGGCUAUGAAUAUUGAGAAUGUGCCACAUUUCCCUUUCCCCACCGCGCCGGAUGCAGUACAGCUGGCGCAGGCCGAGAGACUACUGCGGAAUCUGGGCGCCAUCGGGAGGAGUGAAAGAGGCGAGAUAACGGACCUAGGAAGGCAGAUCAUGGGGUUCCCGGUUUCGCCGAGGUUCGGGAAGAUGUUGUUGUUGGCGCAAAGGAAUGGCGUAGUGCCUUUUGCUGUGGCCAUUGUGGCUGGGCUGGCGGUGGGCGAUCUGUUUAUCCCUGAAGCUCAAUUCAAGGAGCAAGGGCGACAUGAGGCUUCAGGGGAAGACAGCGAUGAUGAAGAUCGAAGGGCAAGAAGGGCGGAGGAGACGGCGAUGACUUCGGCUGCGCAGCGACGGCAUCAGGCUUAUACUCGUGCUCAUGCCAGUCUUUCGCAAUGGGACGACCAGGCAGAUAUCAUCAAGCUCCUCACCACCAUUGCUGCGCAUUCGGACAACAAUACCACUACAUCGGCCGCCUCCACCUUCUGUGAACAAUUCUUCCUUCGCGAGAAAGGGAUGCAAGAGGUCCAACAAUUACGGCAUCAACUUCACAAUAUCGUCGCUGCACGACAUGCGGCUUUCCUCGGCACUUUCAAACCCUUGCUCACACCGCCCAGUGAAAAGCAGAGGGGUGCUCUGAAGCAGCUUGUCACGGUGGGAUAUCUCGACCAAGUGGCUAUUCGAUCAGAUCUACUGCCUUCUGCUCCAGCGUUACCGGGAAGGAAACCUGGGAGGGCGAUAGAGGUGCCAUACACCACUCUCCUGCCCUCUCUUGCGGCGGAUGGGAUCGACAAGACGGCGUCAUCAGAAGAACAGGCACUUCAGCGUUCCGUCUUCAUCCAUCCUUCUUCCGUACUGGCUAAACUCAGUGUGCCGGAAAUGCCUGGUUAUGUGGUCUACUCCCACCUCUCUCGCGCAGCCCCAAGGACGCUAGACAGUGGACGCACGCCAAGGACUCGUAUGCAUCCCUUGACGACCGUGGGAGCAAAGAACCUUGCUGCGCUGGCUGAGGGCUCGGGAUUGCUCGAGAUGGGCAAGCCGAUUGGCAAGAUUGAGGAUCUUGGAGUGGGUAGACGACAGUGCUGGGUUGAGGUGUCGUUGAAAGCGGGCGAGAGUGGUUCGGUGGGGUGGCCUUUGGGUGCGUGGAAGGUGGUACAGAAAAGGGGGAGUCGAGGAGCUUGGGAGAUUGAGACAGUUGUGGCUAGAUAG